AUGGCGCGCGAAGAGGCGCAGCGAGAGUCGUCACCGUUUCUCAAUCGCCUUUCUUCGUUUGCUUCGAGUUCGCCGUUCCCGACUUCGGCACCCCCAGGCCCGUGUCCGGAGGCGUCGGCGCUUGCGCGGGGGCGGCGGGGGCGGCGACACAGCGACGCGGGGGAGGGAGGCGGCGAGGCGCGGCGCGACGCAGAGAGAGAACGAGAGGGCAGCGGACGCGAGUGGAGUGACGCACCAGACAGCCGGGGAGGCAGCAGACGGCGCCGGCGCGCCAUGCGAGACGACUGGGCACCGGAGCGUCUGCCGGCGGCUGCGUGGGCGCGCGCUGUCGAGGCGAGGGAGAUCGCCCUACGACCCGACGAGCUCGUUCACACGACGUCGCCCUUCCUGCAGCUGCUGCCGCAUCGGUGCGCCUCGCGGGUGUUCGCUGCGGAGGCCUUCUGCGAGAGCGGGACCUUCUACUCGUUCGGGGAAAGGAAGAAAGGCACCAGGCUGCAGGGCGACCUGCUGAGCUUUCAGGAGCCCUCGGCGCUCCGCAUCGCCAUUAGAGCUAGAAGGCGAAGAAACGCAGAGGGCGACGACGCGCGCGCGUCUCCCACAGAGGACGGUGAAAGCCUCGGCUCGAGCGGGGGCUCUGAAGCCAGAGAGGUCAGGCGCCUCGCGCCGCUCCUCUUGCUCUCUCAGCCUUCAUCGCUGCCGCCUCACGCCCCUCCUCUCCCCUCCUUUCUGCGCGGACACCGCCCGAAGGAGACAACAGGCGCGAGGUCUCCCACCGCGGCGGUCCUGACACCGCCUGAAAGGAACGCCGAUUUUCCUUCCUCCUCGGCAAGUCGCCGCCUCCGCUCUCCCUCGUGUCUGUCGCCUUUUUUGCACUUCCCGCGGAGACCCUCUCCCCACCGCGCUUCAUUCUCCGCUUCAACGGUUUCUGAAGUCGCUGCCUCGGCGGCGUGUCGACCUUCUUCGCCUUCUCUGCGCCCCGCGUCUCCCUCCUCGCUGGCAGCUCCUUCUGUCCCGCCCCUCGUGGUUGGGGGGCCCUCUUCGCGCGCCGCGUCUUCGCGAAAGGCGGAGCGCAAAAAGAAGCACGCGCUGUUCGCCCUUUUUUCGAAUUUCGCGCUUGCCACACAUCCGUUUGGAGACAGCGUCGCCGGCGGCGUUUUGGCGUGUCUGCUGCGACACUGCCCAGGCCGCGGCGAGAGCUUUGCACGGGCCCUCUGGGUUGAGGAAAUCUCCACAGAACUCCUCGCCUGCUACCUCUCCGCGCCCCACCACCCGCCCGCCUGCGCCUGCGCGUCUCCCACCUGCUGCGGUGUACGUACACUCGACGCCGACGACGACCGCGCCGCAGGCGAGGUCGACGCAGGCUGCAAAGUACGCGCAGAGUGGCGACCCGCAGCUGCGCAGGUCGGCGAGCAAAGCGACGAAGCAGGGCGCCAGAACGAAGGGCUAGGAGGAAGGCACGCGGGGCAACCAGGAAAGAACGAAGACGACGCAGCACCACGGCCUGCGAUCCCGUCGUUCUCGGCGACUUCGUUUCUGCACACGUUCCUCUUGAGCAAGCGCCGCAUCCAUUUUUCUCGCUCCGGCUCCGCGUGGGAGGGCGCAAGUCGCAGAGACGCAUCUCCCCAGCCUCAGCCGCGGACGCCAGGCAUGUCGACGUCCGCCGUCUCCACGGGGGAACGACCCGCCGCCCGCGCGAGUGAGCGGCGCGAAGAGACGCACGCGGAGAGAAAAGCUCUCGACGCUUCUUCUCCCGCUCGCGCCUCUCCAUGCAGAACGGAAAAGAUAAAGCAGGGGUCGGCGUCCAACGCCGCAGUCGGCGUCUACGGGGCCAAACUAGACGAGCCUGAGCGCAGGAAGUCUCCUGCAGAAGAGGGCGAGGCCGGAUGCUCCCGCCGACUUCGCAGGGGGGGGAACCUUAUGGGCGCGGAAAGCCAGCCGCCGAACGAGAAAUCCGUCGAGCGCACGCCGCGAAACUCGGCGGGCUGCGGCGCCCUCGCUUGUCACCUGCACCUGAAGCAUUCGCAUGCGCCUGCUCAGGAGCGCAUCUACUAUAGCAAGACUGCUCGCGGCCCGUUGCAUCUGAGAAGCGCGCGCGUUUCCUUGCCGCCUGCCUGCCGGCGUCGUCUCUCUUCCCUGCGCUCGCGUCCGCGGCUGAGCAGCCGCCGGGGGCCGGAAGGCAGCGAGGCGACAGGCAGCGAGGCGACAUCCAGCGAGGCGACAGGCAGCGCGUCCUCUCUUAGACAGGCGGGGACCGCAGCAGGCCUGGAGCACAUCGAGGGGGCUUCCCAACCGCAGCUGCUGCCAGGUCGCUGCAUCUCUCUGUGCGCGUUUUGCUCUCUCGAUGUUGAUUCAGGCAACGGGCCAGAAGACGUCGUUGUGAUCCACGGCAUCUGCAUGAGCGGCUCCUUCUUCUCCGAUGUCAUUUCGUGCUUCGCGGACGGCGCGGAGGAGGCCUCCCCCGCCUCCGGCGCGUCGUCGGCGUCGCCGGAGGCUACCGCGCGAGAGGAGAGCGAGUCGAAGGCGACGGCCUGUCAGGCGUCGGCUCACGCGCUGCGGCCUCCGCCCUCCUUCCCCCGCGCCGGGGGCUCUGUGUCCUUGUCUUCUGAGGCCGCUCCUCCGCAGGCCUCUCGCUCGCGCCUCUCUCGCUGGCGAGCGCCUCAGGCUCGCGAAGGCAGCGCCUCGCCCUCGUCUCCUUCUUCUUCGUUUUCUUCCUCUCUUUCCUCCUAUUCUUCGUCUCCGACAGCUUUCGCCGCGCGGCGCCGCGAGCGCACAGGCAGCGGGGAUGUGAAGCCGCCCCAAGGGCGAGUGAGGGAGAGAGAGGAGAGAGAGAGCGAGCGGCGCGCGGAGGAGGCCGCGAGACAGCGAGAGGCGCGGAGUCGAGGCAGCGCGACAGCUAAGGCUCAGCUCGACGCCUCGUGCUUCACCUUCUACAACGUCGAUCUAGUUGGCUUCGGCCGCAGCACGUCGAUCUACUCGCCCACAGACUACUCGCGAAUUGAGCAGGCUCAGCGCGUGAUUCAGGACGUGAUCGUCGCGAACAAACUCGCCGCAGUUCACCUGGUUGGGCACUCCUUCGGCGGCUUGGUGGCCGCAGAGGUCGCUCGCAUGCUUCCCCCUGGCGCAGUGAAGUCCGUGCUUCUUCUCGCGCCCGCCUACUUUGAGUCCACCAGACAGGCGAUGCAAAUCCUCACAGCCAUCCAUUUCCCAGCUUCCCACUCGAUUGCGCACCCAAUUGUGGCGUACUUCAUUCUCAAGGUGGGGCGGCUGCUGCGGCCGGUGCUCGAGCCAAUUUUUCACUUCGUGGUUCCGAAGGAUGAACUUCCGCAGCUCUCCGUCGCCGACCUCUUCAUCAUCGACCCCGCCGCCAUGAUGGGAACCAUUCGCUCCAUUGUUAACGAACGGCUCGAAGAGACACUUCAAAUGCUUCAGGACAGGCGCAUACGAGUGACGAUCGUCCACGGCACUGGCGACGGCGUCAUUCCGAUUCGACAGUCCCAAGUUAUUGCGGAGCGAUACAGCAACGUGCAGCUGCGCCCGGUGAAGGGGUUCGUACACCACUUUCCAAGUUCCCACAGUCGUUUCACUGCUCACCUCAUUCAUCAGGAGGUUCUACGGUACCGCGAGGCCUCAGCUGUGAAGACAAGCAUGCGGCCGCAGAGCGUCGCCGCCGCCCUGGGGUCCGCCGCGGAGCCUGCAGACGCCCUCGGGGCUCGUCUGGCUCUUGGUUGGGGACUCGCGUGUUCCGAAUACCUCUGA